UGUUUUUCCUUUUCCCGUGUGUGUGAGUGAGCGUGAGUGUUUUAUUUUUGGCCACACGUGCAAGUUGAAAAUUUGUAUUCAUUUUUUUCUGAAUUUUCAUCGUAAAAAAUAAAUCUUAUUUUAAAAAUGGCCAUUACACCUGUUUACAAACCGGAAAUUAUUAAAAAACGAACGAAAAAAUUUCGUCGUCAUCAAUCGGAUCGUUAUCGUAAAUUGAAGCCAAACUGGCGUAAACCAAAAGGUAUUGAUAAUCGUGUUCGUCGUCGUUUCAAAGGACAGAUUUUGAUGCCCAAUAUUGGUUAUGGUUCGGCCAAACAAACCAAACAUAUGUUACCAAAUGGUUUUCGUAAAGUUUUGGUACAUAAUUUGAAGGAAUUGGAAGUACUAAUGAUGAUGAAUCGACGAUAUUGUGCCGAAAUUGCACAUUCGGUUGCAUCGAAAAAACGCAAAGAAAUUGUUGAACGUGCCCGACAAUUAUCAAUCAAAGUGACGAAUGGUGCAGCACGUCUUCGUACUGAAGAAAAUGAAUAAAAAACAUUUUUUAAAAUAAAUUUUUUCUUUCAUUUUGACUAAAAAUAAAAAUCUCAUUUCCCAAUUCGA